AUGAGGGGUUGGGGGGGUGGAGAGGUGGGGGGGGGUUUUGGUGAUGAUUAUGUGUGGGGGGGAGGGGGUUGGGAUGUGGUUAUGGUGGUGGUUGGGUUGGUGGUGGGUUUUUGGGGGGAGUGGGAUGAGGUUGCUGUUGUGUUGUUUGUGUGUUGCUAUGUUUGUGUUGUGUUGUUGCUGAUUGUGUUCAGUUCUGAUAGUGAUGUUGUGUUGGCAUGUGUGUGUGUUUGUGUUGCUGUGGUGUUUGUUGUUGCUGGUGGCUGUGGUGUGUGUUGUGUUCUGUUUGGGGUUUGGUUGCUGUUGUGUGUGUUUGUGUUGGCGUUUGGGGGUGGUGGGUGCUGUUUUGUGUGUGGUGGCUGGGAUUUAGAAGGAGGAGGGGGGGAAUGGGGUUGGGUAUUGGAGAUGGUGUUGUCAUUUAUGAUGGGGGGUGGGGGGGGGUUUGAGAAGAUUGACGGGGGGAUUGCUUUAUGUUGGGGGGAAAAGGGUAGGGGGGGGGUGGUAUUUUUUUGUUUGGGGGUGUGGGGUGUGGGGUUGGGUUUGGGGGAGUUUGGGGGUUUGGGGGAGGGAGGUUGGGUAGGAUUUGGGGGGAUGGGAUGGUGGGGGGUGGUGUGGGGGUGGGUGUUUGGUGGUGGGGGGGGUGUGGGGGGGUUGGUGGGGUUAGGGGGUGGGUGGAUGGUUUUGUGGGGGUUUGGUAGUGGGGGGUGGUUGGAGUGGGGUUGGGGGUGUAUGAUGGGGUUGGUUGGGUGA